GGUAGCGAAUGCCCUGAGGAGAUGAGCCAUGGAUGUCGUUUCAUCGUUUCGAUGCGCAGACUUCAUCGGCCGACGUGACACGUCCACCAGUGGGACUCGUUGACUUGCGGCUGUGGCUGCAGUUCUUGUUCGCACUGCUGACAAGAGGUGCUCGUAAAGUAGGAGUUGUACAGCAUCCUACGAGAACUAGCCGAGUGGACAAUGGCGGCGCCGGACACGCGGGCGUGCUGGCCAGUGGCGGCCUCCGUCGCCGUCUUCGUCUUCUUCGGCACGAUGUUGGUCAGGUCCGAGUCCAUCAUGUACGUGGGAUUCAUGGACAUGCUUCACGUCAACCGAGAGAAAGCAUCGUGGCCCCUCACGGUCGCCAUCGUCACGUCGCAACUCUCGGGACCCUUGUACGGUUUGCUCGGCAUGUGGCUUUCGGACACUGUUCUGAUGGUGGCUGGCGCGCUGCUGUGCGCGCUACCUGUGAUGGCCUGCGCCCUGACACAGAGCCUUGGACUCGUCGUUUUCCUGUACGGCAUUCUCUUUGGCCUUGGCUUGGCCUGCGUCGAUUUGGUGCCGUUCACGGUGGUGGCUCGGCACUUCGUUCGCUACCGUGGCACGGUUAUGGGAUCAGUGUUCGUGGUGACCGCAGCAUCAGGAUUCAUCUUCCCCCUGGUUGUUGAGGCACUGCGGAAGGCGCUCCAGUUCCACUACGUACUGCUUACACUAGGAACCCUGGAACUGACCAUGCUUUUGGGCUGCAUCUGCGUGGACCGGGUACCCCGAAGCGACGACGCUGCCUCCCGUUCCAACGGCUACGUCGAGCCGGCUGCCUCGCUGCCUGUCGCCAUAGGAAGCACGCAGAGUUUGGAGAAGGCUUGCAUAGUAAAGUCCCUGGCUGUCACUGGUUCCCUCGCAGAAGCACCGGAGUCGCAUGAGAGGAAACCGCUGCUCGGAAAUGUACAGCCGGUGAAAAGCAAACUGGCACGCAGCCUGCGUUCACUCGUGUCCUGGACGUUCUUGCACGUGGCGGUUUCACGUGCUGUCUCGUUCUUGGUGAUCACCUCGUUCCUGCUCACCGCCGUCGACUUCGGCACGGACAAUGGACUGGUCAGCUUCGAAGCGGUUGCCUUGGUCACCGCCUGUGCCGUCGGCGACUUGGUGUCCAAAAUCGGAAUCGGCUUCGUCCUCGACGCGAAGGGGGAAGUCGAAUAUUCGCCUGCCACCGUCAUGGUAGCCGAGCUGUUCGACCAACAGGCGCUGCCGCUUAGCCUGGGCGUCACCAACUUCGUCGCCGGCAUCAUUUGCCUCGUUCGGCCGCCCCUUGUCGGGGAUGGUGAUACGGCUGACACCGUCAUGAGCGGUUCGGGCAGCCGCGUCCGCUUGGAUUUCCCUGAAUGCCACAGUGACUAG